AUGCUGGGGCUGCUCAUGGCGGUGCUGGCCCUGGCGCUCGCCUACUUCGCGCUGCUGGACGGCUGGUACCUGGUGCGCGUGCCGUGCGCUGUACUGCGCGCGCGCCUGCUGCAGCCCCGCGUCCGUGACCUGCUGGCUGAGCAGAGCUACGCGGGCCGCGUGCUGCCCUCGGACUUGGACCUGCUGCUGCACAUGAACAACGCGCGCUACCUGCGCGAGGCCGACGUGGCGCGCGCCGCGCACCUGGCCCGCUGCGGCGUGCUCGGGGCUCUGCGCGCGCUCGGGGCGCGCGCCGUGCUGGCCGCUUCGUGCGCGCGCUACCGCCGCUCGCUGCGUCUGCUCGAGCCGUUCGAGGUGCGCACCCGCCUGCUGGGCUGGGACGACCGCGCCUUCUACCUGGAGGCGCGCUUCAUCAGCCUGCGCGACGGUUUCGUGUGCGCGCUGCUGCGCUCCCGCCAGCACGUGCUGGGCACCUCGCCGGAGCGCGUCGUGCAGCACCUGUGCAAGCGCAGGGUGGAGCCCCCUGAGCUGCCGGCCGACCUGCAGCACUGGAUCGCCUACAAUGAGGCCAGCAGCCAGCUGCUCCGGGCCGAGAGCGGGCUCGGCGAUGUUGUAAAGGACCAGUGAGCACCACAGCCUACCCGCCCUGCCCAGCAGCCUUGACCUGGGGGCAGUGGCCCACCCUUCCCCGCCUGCCAGGAGGCAGAGAGCGCAGAAUGGCAGAAUGGGCUGGCCGGGCGGGGCUCUCUCUGAGCUGGAGUGGCCUUGCGACCGGCCCAGCCCCCUUCACACGCUCAAGGCCCUCCCCCGC